CAAGCUGAAGCUCAAGCAGCACCAAAACCACCCAAGAAAAUGCCACAAGAAUUACUUUCAUUCCCACCGAUUUAUCUUUUAGUAGGAAUCUACAGACUCACAACCGAUCCAAAGCUAUGGUAUCCGAUCUGGAAAGACUGUAAAUCAACCAUAAAAUCGACCAUCCUAAUCUCAAUUGGAACCUCAAUCAUAACCUUACCCCUCACAAACCUAUGGGUAAAAUUCUUUAUGAAUAGCACAAGCUUGCUUAGGUAUACAGAAGAAUCAUUUUUUUGGAAACUUUCGGUUCAAAGAAUUGCAGUUUUUUCUAUUUGGAUUGGACAACUUAAGUCUAGGAAUAAACCUAAUUCUUUUUGGGCUGAGUAUUUUGAAGAAUGGGAAAUCGCUCCGGUUUUAAAGGCGAAGAGAAGGUUAAGGAAAAGGGGAUGGUAUAAUACUUUGUCUGGUCCAUUUGUUAGGUUUUUCGUACUUAAAGUGUUACUUAUUCCACUUCACUUCGUUCCAUUCCUGAACACGAUCAUCAUAUCACUCUUAUCAUCCCUAACGUUUUCCGAAACACAACUAGCCCCAUACUUCAAAUCAAAAAAGAUGACGGACCUACAAACCUCAAUCUUCAUAACCGAAAGAGAAAGAGAAUUAAGGUUACUAGGAUUCAUUGGUUGCUUAUUACAAAGAAUCCCAUUGAUCGGAAUGAUCUUUUCGAUUUCGAAUCGGAUUGGAAUUGCUAUGUAUGCUCAUGAUUUAGAAAAACGUCAAGAGUUGUUUAGGAAAGGGAUCUUGAAACCUAAAGGGGCUUAUCAGAGUCGUACGGCUCUGGUCGAGUUGGAUUUACCUAGAGAUGCUAUUGGAAAUUUUCCAAAGAAAGAAGCUUUAGAAGAAGAAGAAGAAGAAGAAGUCUCGGAGAAGAAGUUGGAUUGAGUUGGUGGAAUGUAUACAAAAGCUUUUUGUGGUGAUCUAUCUUAUAAUAAAAAUCGUUUAUUAUUUUAAUUUUCUUUAAACCUUUGUUUGUAUCAUAUAAUCUGUCUUGUUGUGAUUCUUAAUAUCAAGCUUGUAUCCCCCCCAAAAAAAGUGGUCGGUAAGACUUUUACUACAUUUAUUAAUGUUGGCUAAUCGAAAUCUAUUAAUGAUGAACUGAAUCGUAUCUUUUAGUUAAUCAAAAGGUUGAUAAUGU